CGCAGGCGGCAACCACGAGCUAUAAUCCGCAGGCGGCAACCACGAGCUAUAGUCCGCCGGAAACCACGAGCUAUAAUCCGCAGCAACCACGAGCUCUUGUUCGCCGGCAACCACGAGCUAUAGUUCGCGGGCAACCACGAGCUGUAGUUCGCAGGCAACCACGAGCUGUAGUUCGCGGGAAUCACGCACGGUGGACGAUAGGUUCGUCAAUCACAACCUCGAAGGCCCGACGCCCACCGUGGAAUGGCUCCCGUACAGGGAGGAGCCGGAGGGGAAGCCUUAUACUAUCCAGAAUCUGAUCGUCGGAACUUGCGCGCCAGAGAAUCAACAAAGCGGCCUUAUGCUCGUUCAGGUUAAGCUGAGUCGCGCAGAUUGGGAUGGUGAAGAAUCCAGUUCCUCUGCUGAGAUCGGGAUGACAAGAAGAGAGCAGAAAAUAAAUCAUGAUGGGGUAGUUAAACGGGCUCGUUACAUGCCACAAAACCCAAGAAUUGUUGCUACCAAGACAGGCAGUACUGAGGUUUUCAUUUUUGAUUGUACCAAACAUCCAUCAAAACCUCCCCAGGGGGGUGUUUGCGACCCUGAUUUGAGGUUAACUGGUCACAAAGACAGAGGGCAUUGCUUGUCCUGGAGUCGAUUUAAGAACGGUCAUUUGUUAAGUGGCUCAGAGGAUGGUCAAGUUUGCUUGUGGGAUAUUAAUGCCACUCCAAAUGAUAAGACACUUGAGGCUAUGCGUAUAUAUGAUAUACAGCCUGGAUGUGCUGAGGAUGUAGCUUGGCAUAAGAGGGAUAGGAACUUAUUUGGUUCAGUUGGAGAAGAUAAACAUCUACGUGUAUGGGAUAUACGCACUCCGGCAAUCAAUCUUGUUCAAUCUGUACUUUGUCAUGAUGCUAAGAUUAACUCCCUGGCAUUUUUGGGACCGAUUGUAGCAACUGGAUCUUCUGAUGGGAAAGUCAAAGUGUUUGAUCUGCGCAAGACUUCGCCUUACCUCCAUGUCUUGGAAUGUCCAUUGCAGGAGGAGGUUGGCCAUGUUAGGUGGAAUCCCAAGCAUGAGAAUUUUAUAGCUUCAAGUUCUGGCAGGAAGAUUCUUGUUUAUGAUAUUAGCAGGAUGGGGAGCCCACAAACCAGUGAGGAGGCUAGUCGAGGACCCCCGGAGUUUGUGUUUGUUCGCUCUCGCCACACGGAUAGCAUUACAGACUUCUCAUGGAGCCGAACCUACAACUUGGCUAUCGCUAGUGUAGCCAAGGACAACAAUCUACAGGUAUGGGAGAUGCGAGAUCUCUUGUAAUUUGUGAAGAAGAGGAAUUGAAGAUGAUGAUGAGAAUUGAAUUGAAGGCCCCAUAUAUAGCUUCUUUUUCCAACUUUGGUUUUGUUAAUUCUGAGCUCCAAAGUAUUGUUUCUGGAUGGUGUUACUAUGGAUUUACCAGACUUGUUUUAGCCUCAAUUUG